AUGGCCGAAAGAAGUGAUACGGUCCCGGACACAUUGGUGGAGGGAGAACACAAAGGGAAUGAGGACCAUGACACAAUCCUUCGCCAUCGGGAACCUCUUACUCCUCUGCCGUCUGACGACCCCCGUGAUCCUCUGAAUUGGCCUAUGUGGCUCAAGAUUGUCAUCUUGGUACAGACAUCCCUUCUUGCGGCUAUCGGUGGUCUCAACACCGCUUCGAUCAACCCCGCCUAUCUCCUCCUCGCCGAGGAAUUCAACAUUAGCAAGGUUACAGCCUCGUAUCAGACAACUGUCUGUAUAGCUCUCAAUGGAGUUGCGCCUUGGGUUUGGAUUCCUCUCUCCAACAAGUAUGGUCGGCGGCCUGUCUACCUGGGCACGACUUUACUUGGUUUCAUCUCCGCUUUAGGCUGCGCCUACACGCGAUCGUUCGGCCAACUCAUUGUCGCAAGAGUAUUUAACGGCUUCUUUCCUGUUGCAUUUGCAUUGGGUGCAGCCACCGUGACCGACCUAUUUUGGUACCAUCAACGCGGCCGAGCCGUGGGUUUCUUCACGGUGACGAUGGUCAAUGGAAGUCACCUCGCACCUAUCGUCGGUGGUCUCCUGGGCCAGUAUUGCGGAUGGCGGUGGAUCUUCAAGUUUAUGGCCAUCAUAGAUGCGGUGAUGUUUUUAACCUCCUUCUUCUGUCUCCCAGAGACUCUUUAUAUCCGAAAAUCGCCAAUCUCUUCAUCGAAACUAGAUGCUAUCCAGGUAGCGGCCGACGAUGCUGUUACGCGACCCCGGUUCACCAAAGCAAUCUAUUUCUCCCAUUUAGGACUCCAUACGAAUUUUCCCGAACUGAGGCUCACACUGAACCAAUUCGUCAUUCCAGCCUUAAAGAUGGCCCAAUAUCCCUCGGUGCUCUUUCCUGCAUUAUAUUACGCCACCAUGUACGGCUUUGCCUCCAUUUUACCUGCCGUGACGGUCGCGGCCAUCUUCACGGAAUUUUUCCAUUGGAAUACCCUGACCAUUGGUCUGACCUAUGGUGCAUCCCUCACCAUGGGUGGCAUCUUGGGCGAAUGUGUUUCAGGCUGGGUGGUCGACUUCAUCGUGAAACGGGAGAGAAAGCGGAUGGGUCGCGAUCCCGAACCCGAAGUUCGACUCAAGGCCAUCUGGAUGGGUGAAAUCAUCGUUCCGGCGGGCCUUCUGAUCUAUGGCUUCUGCCUGCAAUACCACACAGUCUGGAUUGCCCCCAUCCUUGGUAUGGGGAUUGCGUGCUUCGGUCUGCAGAUCAUCACCACCACGACGUACACAUACUCUAUUGACUGCUAUCGUACUGAGAGCAGUGAAGUUGCACAGUUAUUUAACUUCAUCCGUCAAGAGUUUGGCAUGACCUUUGCAUUUUAUGUCGUUCACCUCGGCGACGCGAUCGGCUAUCAAUGGACAUUCCUCAUGUUUGCCUUGAUCGGUGGUGGAUUGGCCUUCAUCCCAAUGUUGCCCAUCAUCCUCCAUGGCGAAAAUUGGAGGAGGAAACUUGGGAAGCCUGUUGGCGUUAAUGCUUUUGAAAGCAUGAUGGUGAAUACGGGAGACCCUGACUGUCACAGCCAGUGGGACACCGACAAAAGAGGAGAACGUCAAGGGAAAGAACUUGGUAUGAGGUAUGAGCACGUGAGGGAUGAGAGACGAACACGACACAGACACACAUAUAUCCCUGCUAGCAAUCCUUCCGUCCCAAAAGGUGGCAUCCUACGCUAA